AUGGUCGACUACGUCAAAGCACUCAACUCACCUUAUUUCAGUAUUGGUUCCUUCUUAUUCUUCCAACAAUUGGGAAGAUUCAUCACUUUGGAUAACUAUUUGUAUCCUCUCAGAAUUCUGUAUUUGUCUGCUCAGGUCGCUAUUUUGGGUCUUAGCUACUAUUUGAUUCACAAGAUUCAAAAGAAGAAUGAUCAAACUGUGUUAAAGUAUGUCGAGCCCGCUUCUCAAAGCUGGGAUGGAUCAGAAACCCCUGAGCAAUUGAUCAACACAACUGUAAUGGAUUAUGAUGUUGCAGAGGUGAAUAAGGCCAUCAAGCAAUCUGCUAUGGGUAUUCUUAUGAUUACUUUCCUCCAUUUCAAGUUUGGCUAUAUUCAACCUUUGUUGGUUCAGUCUAUUCUCGGCUUCAAGACCUUCUUAAUGACCAAGGAAGCACGUAUUCACUUCUGGGGCUCCCCAACCACGGGUGAUUUAAGACGUCCCUUCAGAAUUGAAGCUCCUUUUGGCAUGGUGAGCGAAAAGAAGCAACCUAAAACCGACAAAGGCUCCAUCAAGAAGGCUGAAAAGGCUUUGAAGGCAGAGUAG